AUGUCGAAGACGCAAGAGAAACUCGUCGGCGUGGCUACAUCGCCUCCAGAUUCUUCACCACUCAACAUCUUCCACCAUCUUCGCCAUGGCACAGCUGGCGACGCCAAUGCCCAUGUCGAGACCGGCACAAGCCAGGACCCGCUCGUGGCCUUUGAGCACCACCUCCUGGCCCAUCCUGCCAACAGGCCAGCAGCCCCUGCCCGGCUAUCUGCCCGGUCACUGACCGUUCCCUCUUCACAUCUCGGCCGCCGCCCGUCUCCAUCUCCCGAUGCCCGUCGCUGCAUGGCCGCCACCGAGGCUUGGACGCCGUGCCUGGACCGCUGCCAAAGCUGGGAUGGCCAGGCGUACAGACGUGCCAUGAUGGUCAGGGCCACAGGGAUCCUCUGCGGAUCGGCUGAGGCCAACGCUGCGGCCAACAGCCACGAAAGUCCCGAUCAUCUGACAGGACAUGCACACUGUCUCGACGGACAUCAUCACCACAACCACUUCCACCACAUGCAUGACGUUAAUGGCAGCUGCAACGACUACGAGGCUAACCGUGGUUUCAGCGAGUGCGCCAGUGGGACCACCUGA